AUGGUCCUCUCCUUUCUUCUUUUCUGUACAACGCUAUCUCUAAAAUUCCAUUCGGGCCUCUCAAAGGCUAUUGCCGACUCGUCAGACCUGCCAGAUUUCUUAAAUGAAACUGCUGGAGACGUGACGUCAUCAUCAAUUGAAUCUUCAACACAUAUCCCAUCAUCUACAAUGAAUCCAGCAUCCAGACCACGAACUGCGUUUGGAAUGGAUUUACACUGUCCGAGUAUAGAGAAUGCAGUCAGUACUUGUCCAAAAGACAGCAACUGGGUCUACUAUACAUGUUGCGGUGGUGCCAACAUGUACUGCUGUGAGCAUAUCCAAACAUGGCUCCUAUCAGCUCUUGCAGUCAUUGCAAUCUUCCUUUCCCUUCUGUUGAUUGGUUGCUGUGUUCGAUGCUGCUGCAGUUACAGUAACUGA